UGGGGGAGCUGCGCUGCCCCUGCGGUUGUCCCGCCGCUCCCGGAUGGAGCAGGAAUGAGGAGCUCCGGCUGCGCAGCCGCCUCCGCCCCGGGCGUCCUCCCGAGGCUCGGGAUUUACUCCUGAACCUGCUUCCAGGGGCCGGUGCCCUCCCCCGUGUACGGUGACCCCCUCCGGCCAUCUCCCCUUCCCCUCGUUCCUUGAGCAUCCCUGUGCUGGCGGAGUCACAUGUUUGGUCUUUGAUGCCUUUAACCCCACCCUCAGCACCCGAGAGGGAGGAGAGAAAUUCGCGGAACAGAAGUCAGCCACACACCGAGAGCAGGAUCCCCGCGGGAGCGGAGCUGCGUGCGGGGCUGCCCAGCGGAUCGGGUAAAUCUCCCGCUCGGAUCGGGCUCUGGGGAAGAGUGUGGAAAAACACACAUUUGCAAGUGUGUGAGCAGCAGGAGGGAAGCACGUGUGACUCCAAAGAGGCUUGGACAACUUGUGCAGGUUUGGCAGCAAUGGCCCCAGUGAUACCCUGCAGUCCAGGGCGAAGGAUGCAUUGGAAGUGAAGGAUUGAAGGCAUGAAGGAUGCAGGAGUGCCCUCCUUCUGCAGGAGUUAUGUUACCCCAAGCCUGGCAGCUCUGGGGGAAGUGGUGCCGUUGGUCCAGCCCUUUCAUCCAUCUUCUCACCCUGACUGUGGUGACUUUUGGUGUGCUGGCACCUUUGAUCUGCCACCGGCUCCUCCACUCUUACUUCUACCUGCGGCGCUGGCACCUGAACCCCAUGAGCCAGGAGUUCCUGGAGCAGAACCAGCAGGAGGGCCAGGAUGCCCUCCGUUACUUCGAGAAGAUGCAGAUGCCAAACGCCUCCGAGGCCUCUGGCAGUGACGCCUUCCAGCCCUUGCUGCUGAUCACCAUUAUCACUGUGCAGAGGCGGAAUGAUUUCCACUACGUCUUGCAAGUGGUCUCCCACUUCCACCGCCUCCUCCAGAAAUGUGGUGCGCGUUGCCAGAGCCACCGCAUGCUCCUCUGUAACGUGGAGUCAGACCCCAGCAGCCAUCAGGAUGUCAGGCUGCUGAGCAGCUUCUUUCCUAUGGUCAGUCGUGACAGAGCUGGAGAGAACCCUGACCCCAGCCUGAACCAGUUCGAGAAGGAGAAGCAGGACUACGUCUUCUGCCUCGAGCAGUCGCUGUUGGUGUACAACCCAGAGUACAUCCUCCUCGUGGAAGAUGAUGCCGUGCCAGAGGAGGAGAUAUUUUCUGUCUUGCAGCACCUCUUCUCGGCCCGGUUCUCCAAGCCCUACCUCAGAGACGCUCUCUACUUCAAGCUGUACCAUCCCGAGAGGCUCCAGCGCUACUUCAACCCCGAGCCCAUGAGGAUCCUGGAAUGGCUGGGCCUGGGCAUGUUCCUGGGGCCGGUGCUGACCUGUGCAUACUGCCGGGCCGCGGGGCGGGCGGGCCCCAGCUGGUGCCUGGUGGCGUUCUUCGCCCUCUACAGCAUGGCCCUGUCGGAGCUGGUGGGGCGGCACUACGGGCUGGAGCUGCGCCGCCUGCACCCCGCGCUCUACAACGUGGUGCCGGCCAGCGAGUGCUGCACGCCCGCCAUGCUCUUCCCCGCCGCCUCCGCCCGCCGGGCCUCGGGCUACCUGCGGGGGCUGCGCUGCCGCCAGGGCUUCGCCAAGGACACGGCCCUCUACUCGCUGCUGCGGGGCAAGGGCGAGAACGCCUUCGUGGUGGAGCCGAACCUGGUGCGGCACGUCGGAAUGUACUCCAGCCUCCGACUGAACAGCAACCCGAAACUGCUGUGAGCUGCUCCUGCCGUGCCACACAGAAACCGCCCAGGGCACUUGCCACGGGGCAGAGGGACAGCGUGCAAACUCGGGCUCUGUGCUGCUUGCACUGGGCAUCCUGUGCCUCCGUGUGGACAAAGAAUAACUCUCUCUAAAAGUACAAGUUUUCUUAAAAAAUCAACUUGUGUACAUAGAGACCCUGUUCAGUAUGAACUUGGAACUAAUCACCGUGCACCACCUGGGAGGGGAGUGGAGGAUUCCAGGGAAGGUGGAAGAUUCCAGCUGUGGAUUGCUCACUCUCCCUAACCAUUCCCAAAGAAAAGCUCUCACACCAAUAUGCACCGCUUUCCUGCCUACUCUGCUGAACAAUGGUUACAAAAAUCCUUGCCUUGGGAAAGCAGAAAUGUUGGACAAAGUGAAUGUUUCAAAUUUAAGCUGAUGAGGAGGAGAAAGCCUUAUUUCCCUAUCCUUACCUAAGGUCUGAUCUCUGACCUGUCUCUGUUCCAAAGCUGUGGUUUUGAGCAGACCCUUCAAAAGCAGAAGUGGUUUGCAGGAACUUUCCCACAAAUUCUGCCUAUACACUUCAAGUUUAUGAAGCCUCUUUAGUUACUGUCUCCCUGUCUGCACCUCCACCAUUCCCACUUCUUUUGCUUGGACCAGAGGCUCUUAAAAACAAAACCUUUGCUGCUUCCUCUGAGGGUAGGAAUAGGAAAACAGAGUCACAGCCACCGGUGUCACACAGACGGGUCACAAACACACAUUUUCAUUGAUAAAUGACACACAUUGUACACAACGAUUGCUGUGUUGGGGGGGAUCAUCACUCGUUGUAGUGGACCCAUUAAAAGAGGUCUUAUCAGCCACUGAUUGAACUUAGGCAUUCAACAUGAAUUUACCGUGACUUCCUCUCAGCACAGAGGCAAAGGAAAGAUUAGAUCAGGUGCUGCUGUCAUGCAGGAUCCUUGUUCAUUCUGGAGCUGUAAUCCACAGCUCAGCCGGAGUGGUUCAUUCACUGCUCCUGCAUAAAGCAAAAUACCUGGGGGAAACAAAGACAGCUGUUCAAAAGAAAAAGCAGCAAUAGCACAGCACAUCAAGGGGUCGCUCUGACAGUGACCUGUUGUGACCAUGUGUCCUGGUUGUUAAGCAUCUGGGAUAGGUAAUUUGCACUAGGGCUGUGGGCACAGUUAAAUAUAAAAGCAUGCAGAUGACAAGAGAUCUCAUACUGAAUGAAAACAGGCAAAAAUUGGCCCAAGCCCACCUUGGCUUUAGUGGGCUUUGAAUCAAAUUCAAAAUCAUUCUGAUUCAAAUUCUUAUAAGUACAUGUGGAGUUUGAUUGAACUAUUUUUAAAACCAUAUUCCCUGCUUUGGAAUGGACCAAGUACAAUAUUUUUUGUUGAGUUUAGUCAGUGGGAGUUGUUCGGGCUUUUCAUUUUGUUGACGGAAAGGCUGUGCUUUGAAUUUUCUUCUCCCAGCUCUCUCCCAGGUGAUUUAUGCCUUAAGCUCUUAACAAGUCUGAUUACAGUUGUGAAAUACAUAAAACUCCUGAGAGAUGAAACCAAAGAAAAUGGCAAUCCUCCCUCUGUCAGCAGAGUGGAUAUUGGUUACACGAAGGCACAGUGCAGACUAGAUGAGAAACAGCAUCACAGUGGUGCUUUGCUCUCCAGUAGUCAGCUGGGCACUUCCAGAACAUCUCUGGAAACUAGAGUGAGUAAAAACUGCUUGUGGGUUCCAUGCCAUUCCAAAGGUGAGGCCUUAGGCCUCCUGGCAGAGGACACCAGAAAAAUGGCACAGGCAAAACCACAUUUUGUUCCCAGCUGCUGAAAGCCCUGGAGAUACCAGGGCAGUCACACAGUGGCAGGUGGGCAAAUCUCUCCUCUGGCUUCCCUGCAGUAGGGUUUGGGUGUCAGCAUUUGAGUGUCACUGUGUAUUUGUUCCACCAAGUGCCUGCACCUACAACUGGUUUCUGUAUCUUCAGCUGUGAAUGUUUCAGUGCAAGUGCUUGCUCUUCUCUCUUUUCUAUCUUUGUACUGUACAAAUACAGGACAGUGCCCUGUUCUUUCAUGACGGUCUAUUCAUAUUCCUUCCUGCAAAGAAAACCUCUCAGCCAUGUACAAUAAAUGGGACAGGGAAUGGAAAAAGAAGAGGGGAAAAGAAAGAAACCUCAGAUAAGAGACCAACUAACUAUAUCCAGUUAAUAAAUGCUUUGAUGUGGGAAAUGA